UCCGCCCACUCCUUUCCACGCGUGUUUGGAGCAGGAGCAGACAGCAUGGCCUCUUCAGCCAAGAGGAGAGCGGUGGGUUUGGGUGAAAAUCCCGAGGAAAGGGACCACAGCUCGGAUGAAGAGUCCGAGGAGGAUGGGGACUCUGAAGAGGAGGAUAGUGAGGAUUCAGAAGAGGAGAUAAACGAGGAGGUCGUAGUGGACUUUGAAGCUCACAGUAUCACACACAAUGAUUUCAACGGGAUAAAGAAGCUGCUACAACAGCUGUUUUUAAAAGCUCGUGUAAACACAUCAGACCUGACUGACAUCAUCAUUCAACAGAACCACAUCGGAAGUGUCAUCAGGCAAGCCGAGGUGCCGGAGGACAGCGACGACGAGGAUCCUGAUGAAGUGUUUGGGUUUAUCUCCAUGAUAAACCUCACAGAGAGAAAGGGCGUGCAGUGCGUGGAGGAGCUGAAGGAGCUGGUGUUGGGGCAGUGUCAGACGAGCAGCAGUGAGGCCGACUGUGAGCGGCUGGAGAAGGUGCUCUCUGACCCGGGGAAAUCUGUGGGGCUCCUGCUGAGCGAGAGAUUCAUCAACGUCCCUCCACAGAUCGCACUGCCUCUACACAAACAGCUGCAAGAGGAGAUCGCAGAGGCCGAGCGCACAAACAAACCCAGUGGCCGCUGUCACUACUGCCUCAUGAUCAGUAAAACCUGUAAAGAAACGUCUAAAAACAUCUCCAGAUCUGGACCUAGAGCGCCCCCUAAAGACGAGAUCAUGUUUGUGAACGCGGAGGAGGAGUUCUUCUACGAGCACGCCGUCCUGAAGUUCCACUACUCCGUGGAGGAGGAGGCCGACUCGUGUCUGAGCGGCCGCUGGUCCUUCGACGACGUUCCCAUGAAACCGUUCAGGACGGUGAUGCUGCUGCCGAGCGACAAGUUCCCGGCGAUCAUGGACAAGCUGAAGGAGUACCUCACCGUGUGACGCAGUAAAGGACUGAACGAACACCAGGGCCGCAACGAACAUCACUUUGUUUAUCCUUAAGUUUGAUUCUUUCGAUUAAUUGAUUUGUUUAGAUUGUGAAACGCCUAUAAAUAUGAGAUUUUUAAUAAAUUUGACCCAUAUGAAGCUUGUAUUCCA